GCUGGGGGCCUUCCACUGGAAUCUGUCUGAGAGCAGGUCUCACUCCACAGCACAGGCGGUCUCUGUGGAGUGGAAAAAACUUCGUAGUGUACAGGCAAGUGCCACGCAAGAAGAGAAGUCCGCUUAGUCAACUUUUGUUACGACCUUGGAAAGAAAGCGAAAGUCACAAGAAAGACAGUCGCCUCUACGGUCGCAGAAACUCAUCGUGAGGGAGGAUUAGCUUAGCAUCAGAUUCCCACUUCCUGGGGUGUACAGGAUCCAACUCUUCACACCAUGAAUAUGGAUAUACAUCCACAAGGACCUCAAGCAGCCGUGCCACCAGUAUUUCAGAAACCGCUGCAGCCAGAUAUGGGCUAUAAUUCAUUGGCUAACUUCCACAUUGAGAAGAAGAUUGGACGUGGCCAGUUCAGUGAGGUGUACAGAGCACGGUACCUGAUGGACAACACGCCAGUGGCCUUGAAGAAAGUUCAGAUAUUCGACUUGAUGGAUGCCAAAGCUCGGCAAGAUUGCAUCAAAGAGAUAGAUCUCCUUAAGCAACUGAACCACCCCAAUGUGAUAAAGUACCAUGCAUCUUUUAUUGAGGACAAUGAGCUCAACAUAGUUCUAGAGUUGGCUGAUGCUGGGGACCUCUCUCGUAUGAUCAAGCACUUUAAGAAGCAGAGACGGCUUAUCCCAGAGAGAACGGUGUGGAAGUACUUUGUCCAGCUCUGCAGUGCACUCGAACAUAUGCACUCCCGAAGAGUCAUGCAUAGAGAUAUAAAGCCAGCAAAUGUAUUCAUUACAGCUACUGGAGUAGUGAAACUGGGAGACUUGGGACUGGGACGAUUCUUCAGCUCCAAAACAACUGAUGCUCACUCUCUAGUGGGUACUCCCUACUACAUGUCACCAGAGAGGAUACAUGAAAACGGCUACAACUUCAAGUCUGACAUCUGGUCGCUAGGAUGCCUCCUCUACGAGAUGGCAGCCUUACAGAGUCCCUUCUAUGGGGAUAAGAUGAACCUCUACUCCCUUUGCAAGAAGAUAGAACAGUGUGACUACCCCCCUCUUCCAUCAGAUCACUACUCAGAAGAGCUGAGGAACCUGGUAGAUAUGUGCAUCAACCCCGACCCGGAGAAGAGGCCGGACAUCGCCUACGUGUACGGCAUGGCCAAGCACAUGCAACACGUGACACAGGGCUGCUAAACCCAGAGUUCCGCACACUACGCUCUGCAGAACUCCUCUUCACGCCUGCUUCUCUUGCUGGACUCAUGAUACAGUUUUCACCUUGUACACAAAAUGUUUACUGUCGGGGUACAGUCGAUAAAAUAACACUCGAGUUGAACCGAGUUCAGCUAUAUUUCUUUUAUUUGGGCAGAUUUUCAGUUUUAGCAUUUGGAUAUUAGCUUUAGUGGAAAUUAGCAAACGUUGAGUGUCUCAGCUCGUCCAUCCUGCUCACAGCUGUGAACAUCACACUUUAACAGUUGAUAUAUUUAAAUAGCUAGUAUCUUGUACUGUCAGCAGUAUUGUACCAAUAAAUCAAAGUAAUCUUCUACAUGGGUGAUACGUCUCUGCGCUGCCUGACUACAUUUUUGUAUCUCAGAAAAAUACCUGACUGUAUCCCAAACCUUUUACUUUAACAAUAUUUCACUGAAAACCAAAGUAUUGGAGCUCACUGCGGCUUUAAGACAAAUGUGUUCUCCUCACCAGCUGACACUCCUAGAAGCUAUUUAGAGCACAUACACUGCUUUACAGGGAGCCUAUCAAUUCAGAAAUCAAUAAACAGAAAUGUUGGUGAAUUUUUGCCCUCAUGGCUUUUACUGCAUCAAAAGUUAGCAACAAAAAGAAAGAGAACUUUUAGCUAAAAAUUAAAUGGAAAUUUUAUUCAUUGUCAACAACAAAUCUGAGACAAAACAGAGUAAUUGAUGGUUGAAAUGUUGUCAUGUUGCACGUUUUUUUUUUCCCUGGUACUAGAAGCCUGGCAGGGUUAUGUCAAAUGAAUGUUUUAGAACAGGAAAGAUCAUUUAAGAGAGAGACUGGAGACAUGCUCAAGGGGAACAUGGGCAAAUGUCUCCACAACUCUUUGAAUGUUAGUCAACUUGACACCUUUGUGUUGUCUGAAAACUUCACAAUGUCUGCUUUGACAGCCUCGUAGUUGCUGAUGCUGUAACAAAAGCAGUUCUACGUCUUCUGUUUACCCGACUUAUGACUCCAUAUUUCCUUCCUCGCUCUGUUAAAGUGGUUUGAGCUAAGUGUAAGGUUUAUAAGGUCUGUAAAGUCACAAGAAAGACAUGGGGGGGAAAACAAAGCUAUAUGAAAUAAAUGGAGACGGACUUCCAUCUGUGACCAGUGACGCAUCAGAGCCGCCGUAACUGUGGCUGGUGCUGCAGUUUGUUUCUUCUCUGUGACAAAUAAGAGGAUAAAUCUUUGCUGUCUGUGUUCGGAGUUCACCGCAAUGUCUACCUGAGGUCAAGAGAAAUGAGAGGAAAGUCACAUUCAGCAGUACAGUAUAUAUACUGUAAGUAAAAUUAUGUUUUACGAUGUGUUGUGAAA